UGGCAACCUCGACGAAUCAUCUCUCGCGAAGCGCAAGAUGGAUUGAAGAUGCUGGCGGAGAACGAUCCGCAGCUCUGGACCGCCGAGACGCUGGCUGCUCAAUUUAGAAUCUCGAAAGAUGCUGUGAGGAGGAUUUUGAAUAGCAAGUGGAAAGUGUCUAGAGAG